UUUCAACAAAAAAAUCACAAAGUAAAUGUGUAAGGGAAGGCCAGAGGAAGCUAGCUAGCUAGUCUUCCAUUUCCUUUUAGCCACUGCUGUGGGCUUUGUUUCCUCUCUUAUCUUUCUGUUUUCCAUCUCAGUUUACACCAAGAACCUAGCUUUUCUUCUAGAUUUCAGUUUAUGCUUAUUUUCUUGAGACCUUCAUAUUUAUUGCUAGAUUUUUGUGGGUCUUCAAGGCUUGGGUUUUUCUUGGUUGGUGUGUUAUUGUGUUUUCUUGAUGGGUAAUUGCGUUGGUUCCUCUGCUAAAGUUGAUGCCACUUUGAGCUCUCACACCCCCUCUGCUGCUGAAGUGGCAAGAGUUGCCAGCAAAACGAGCAGCUAUUCUGUCCCUUCCUCCUUAAGUAUUCCGUCAAAUGGUAGAAAAAGCAGUGUCGAUAGCCUCCCGACUCCACGUUCCGAAAGUGAAAUAUUAUUAUCGCCUCAUGUUAAAGCCUUUCAAUUUAGUGAACUGAGGAAUGCAACGAGGAACUUCAGACCCGACAGUCUUCUCGGGGAGGGAGGGUUUGGGUAUGUAUUCAAAGGGUGGAUAGACGAGCAUACUCUUAGUGCUGCAAAGCCUGGAUUUGGGAUGGUUGUUGCUGUCAAGAGGCUAAAGCCCGAAGGUUUUCAAGGUCACAAGGAGUGGCUGACCGAAGUUAAUUAUCUUGGGCAACUUCAUCAUCCGAACCUGGUUAAACUUAUUGGUUACUGCACUGAAGGUGAAAAUCGACUUUUGGUGUAUGAGUUCAUGCCUAAAGGCAGCUUGGAGAAUCAUCUGUUUAGAAGAGGGCCACAGCCUCUUAAUUGGGCUACGAGAAUCAAAGUUGCUAUUGGUGCUGCCAGGGGCCUUGCUUUCCUGCAUGACGCUAAAGAACAAGUUAUAUAUCGGGAUUUUAAGGCUUCAAAUAUUCUCCUAGAUGCGGAAUUCAAUGCAAAGUUGUCCGAUUUCGGUUUGGCUAAGGCAGGACCUACUGGCGAUCGUACUCACGUGUCCACUCAAGUAAUGGGUACACAUGGCUAUGCUGCCCCAGAAUAUGUAGCUACAGGACGCCUGAGUGCAAAGAGCGAUGUAUAUAGCUUUGGAGUUGUUCUGCUCGAGCUAUUGUCAGGGCGUCGCGCAGUUGAUAACACGAAUGUGGGCGUGGAGCAGAACCUCGUGGACUGGGCUAGACCGUAUUUAGGGGACAAGCGGAGGCUAUUUCGCAUAAUGGACACCAAACUCGGGGGGCAGUACCCUCAGAAAGGAGCAUUCACAGCUGCCAGCCUCGCAGUGCAGUGCUUAAGCCCCGAGCCUAAGCUCAGGCCAUGCAUGUCCGACGUCUUGGCUGCACUCGAGGAGCUCCAAGCCCCGAAAGGGUCUUCCAAACUCUUGCAACCGGAGCAACAACGCACUCCCAACCAUCCUAGAAUGUCGCCACUGAAGCAGCCGCCCCGAUCACCCAUGACUCCAACCCCCUCGGCCUCUCCACUGCUAAAGUCCCCGCGGGCAAGGUAGACAGACAUUUUGUGCAAGCUAAGGGGUUUUUUUUCUAUGUAAAUUCCUGAGAUUACAUCAAAUUUUACUAUAACAACAUGCUUCAAUAAAGCAUCAUUUGGAUUAUUGUGUAGAAUGUAGUGGAUGAUAAGUGAGUUAUAUUGAGAUGGGUUUUUAUAGCCUAUUCAGCUUCUAUCUGUAAAUAAAUAUAUAGCUUAUCUUUCAUGUAAUCUGAUGUUGCAUUCCCUGUCA